UCGCUGAGAGGGGAACUGGACGUCCCGCUGUCUCCAGUGGAAUACAAGCAAUGGACAUCGAGAAGGUCAACUCCAUGGACUUUGGAGAAUUUGUGGAUGUCUUUGGGAAUGUCAUUGAGAGAUGUCCUCUGAUUGCAGCUGCUGUUUGGUCCCAGCGACCAUUCUCUGAUUUGGAAGAUUUAAAGAAGCACUUUUUUGCCUUUAUCGAUGCCCUUCCACAGUCAGGCCAAGAGGGCAUCCUGCGCUGCCACCCGGACCUGGCGGGCAGCGAGCUGCGGCGGGGCACGCUCACGGCCGAGUCGCAGCGGGAACAAAGCGGCGCGGGCCUGACGACCCUGGACGCGGACGAGCGGCUCCGGCUGGCGGAGCUCAAUGCGCAGUACCGCGCGCGCUUCGACUUCCCCUUCGUGCUGGCCGCGCGCUUCAGCGACCGGGCGGCGGUGUCGCGUGAGCUGGCGCGCCGUCUGCUCUGCCGGUCCGCGCAGGAGCUACGCACCGCUCUGGGCGAGGUGAAGAAGAUCGGCAGCCUGCGCCUGGCCGACCUCCUCCGCGCCGACCCUGCCAAGCUGUAGCUGCCGUGCGGGCCAGGGACCUGGGAGGCACAACCAGACGCGCGGGGGGCCACAGCCCGGGGCUGUGCGUCCUGGGCGGGAGGCGGACUCGGGCCUGAAACAGCGUCCAUACACGUGCACAAAGGAAGUGGAGAAUUGAAGCAAUCAUACGAGUAAUGAGUCCUUUUGUCCACCCACCCACACGCGCACACGUUGCCAAAAUAUCCAUAUUGUUUAGUGCUUUGCCCCGGAUUUAUCCAGCUCAUUGCUUCAAUUCUUCACUCCCUUUGCGGCCCCCGACACCACCGGCCUUUGUGGAUUCCAAAGCGUUUAUCCAGUUCUCCCCAACCCUCUCCUGCUAAGCCCGAACUGCAAAGCAAAACGGACGGAAAAGGAAUCUUUUAUGCUACAGCGGUUUGUCUGUUUUUCUCUU